GCCCCGUAAGCAGCAGGUAGGUAAGGCGCCGCACGCAGAGCAAGACACGUUUGAAGAGAGUCCUUGCUUUUCAUGGAGUAACCUUCAUUCACUAACAUAAUGUUCCCGAACUGAAGAGGCUUGGGCUCAUUUCCACAACUGUGGAAAAUGUUAACCAGUGAAAGAGCCCAUUUUUGGUCAGGAAGAAUUUCACAAAGUAGGUCUGAAGGAAAUCUGAUUGACAUGGAAGACCAAAAAACCUCAAAAAAUUGCAGUAUCAUAGAAUGUCGAGACCCAGGUUUGCUUCUCAACUGGCCAGAUGCUUUCACAAUCCGUGCCAAUAAUGCCUGCAAAGCUACAAAUCCAUUCUGGAAUGAACUGUCUGCUUCUAACCCAUUUUUGGAUGACAUAACUCAGCUAAGAAAUAACCAGAAGAGAGAGAAUAUUUCCAUCUUGAAGGAAGAUCCUUUUCUUUUUUUCAGAGAAAUAGAAACUGGAAAUACUUUUGAUUCCUCUGGUGAUGAGCUUGAUGUACAACAAUUGCUUAAGCAGUCCUCCCCAGGGAAAUCGGGGAGGUCUAAAAGUGUUUCAGAACUGUUGGACAUUUUAGAUGACACAGCACAUGCCCAUGAGGAUAUACAUAACUCUGACCAGAUCCUAGAACAAGACCUAGAAUGGCUUCAGAAUGAUCGAGAGGCUUAUAAAAUGGCUUGGCUAAGUCAACGCCAGCUGGCCCGUUCCUGCCUGGAUUUGAAUACAAUUAAUCAGAGUCCUGGAUGGGCCCAAACACAAGUUGCGGAGACCAUGAUAGUUUGUAAAUUAAGCCAUGAAGGAGGGUCCAUACAAUUACCUGAAUCAGAUAUUACUGUUCACGUGCCCCAAGGUCAUGUAGCUGUGGGAGAAUUCCAAGAGGUAUCUCUCAGGGUUUUUCUUGAUCCUCCACAAAUGCUUAACCAUGGUCUUUCAUGCACUGUAAGCCCACUGUUGGAAAUCAUGUUAGGCAACCUUAACACAAUGGAAGCGAUUUUGCUGGAGAUGAAAAUCGGGGCCGAAGUGAGAAAGGACCCUUUCAGCCAAGUCAUGACAGAAGUGGUGUGUUUACACAGCCUGAGUAAAGAAGGCCCUUUCAAAGUGUUAAACAAUUGCUACAUUUAUAAAGACACCAUCCAAGUCAAGCUAAUAGAUUUGAGUCAGGUGAUGUAUCUAGUGGUUGCUGCACAAGUUAAAGCUACUCAGUCACCAGCUGCCACCAUUUGGGAUUACGUCCACAAAACCACCUCAAUUGGAAUUUAUGGUCCCAAAUACAUUCAUCCCAGUUUCACUGCUGUUUUCACAGUUUGUGGACACAGUUAUAUGCCAGGAAAGCUCACAAUCUCUGAAAUUAAGAAGGGGAGGAACACGUCUCCAGUGGUGUUUCAGCUCUGGGGAAAGCACUCGUUCUUACUUGACAAGCCACAGGAUCUACGCAUUUCUGUUUUUUCAUGUGAUCCUGAUUUCAAAGUAAAGGCAGAAGGAGAAAGAAAAGAAAUUAAACAAAAGCAGUUGCAAGCAAGUCAAAGAGUUCAUCAACAAUUUUUAUUUUCUUUAGUUGACUCCAGAGAAAUGCACUUGUUUGUUUUCUGUGUUCAGUUGGAGCCUCCCAAUGGUAGACCAGUUACACAGUUCUUUAUCACUACACCUGAUCCAGCCCCAAACUUAAAAAGAGUCUCAAAUUCAGCAGAAAAUUUGCAGAAGAAGGAAAUCAAGUCUGCUCCUUCAUUACUGACAGUGCAUGUUAAAUAUCCCACAUUUCAAGACAAAAACUUGAACUUUACCCACUAUGGGGUAACUCUGAAGGCAGUGCUGAGACAAAGCAAGACUGACUACUUACUUGAAUAUUUCAAAGGGGACACGAUAGCUCUUCUUGGAGAAGGUAAGGUAAAAGCCAUUGGGUAUUCCAAAGUGAAAGAAUGGUAUGUGGGAGUCCUGAGAGGUAAAAUUGGACUUGUGCAUUGCAAAAAUAUCAAGGUGAUUGCAAAGGAACGAGUAAUGACUAUGUCAAAUAGUGUCUUCACAACCAGGAAACUUCUUGAACAAAUUGCCCUGCCCUUUAAAAAACUGACUUAUAUCUACUCAGUUGUAUUGACCUUGGUGUCAGAAAAAGUUUAUGAUUGGAAAGUUUUAGCUGAAAUCCUGGGUUACUCACAUCUGGCACUGGAAGAUUUUGAUCGAAUGCAAGCAGACAAAGAAUCAGAAAAAGUUUCUUAUGUUUUAAAGAAGUUAAAGGAAGAUUGCCAUGCAGACAGGAAUACCAGAAACUUUCUUUAUGAACUUACUGUGGCUCUGCUGAAGAUGGACUGCCAAGGGUUAGUAGCGCAUAUCAUCCAAGAGGCUGCUAUUCUGACGUCAGCUGUCAAGCUUGGAAAAGGCUGGAGGGAACUAGCUGAAAAGUUAGUCUGACUCACAAAGCAACAAAUGGAGGCGUAUGAAAUUCCUCACCGAGGAAAAGCAGGAGAUCUUGCUGUUGAGAUGAUGUGGAAACCUGCCUAUGAUUUUCUCUGUACUUGGGGUGCUCACUACGGAAACAGCUACAGAGAUGUGCUACAAGACCUUCAAUCAGCUUUGGACAAAAUGAAAAACCCUGUGACCAAACAGUGGCGAGAGUUAACGGGUGCUUUAAUCCUCGUAAAUUCUUUAGAUGUUUUGAGAGCCACAGCCUUUUCCUCUUCUGAGGAAGUAUAGAAAUGAAGGGUUGUUUUGUGGGGAGGGAGAAUGAUAGGGGGAAAUGGUGAGUGUGUGUCAAAGAGAAAAAGCUCAGAAAGUAUUACUUAGUUUUUUCAGGUUUGAAAACGUAUUUUCUAUGUGAAAGCACAGCAGAAGACAAAAUCCAAGGAUAGGUUUUAUAAUCAAACAUGUAUUUUUGUGUAUGUUUCAAAUGCAAACAUUAGGCUGUUUUGUUGUUGAAAAAAGAAAGGAAAACCCUCUCUCCCUUACAUAGUUACUUUUAAUUUAUUUAAGUUAAAACAAAUGACUAUUAACAUAAUUACAACACUCAGAUAACCAGAAAACUAGAGGCUUUGAGUGUGAACGCUGGAGUUCGACCAGGAGGCAGGUAGGGAGACAGGAGAAGCUAACACAUAUUUUAUGGACCAGCAAAGGGCCACGGGCUCCUGAUACCUGCUCUCUUAUUUCUCAGUGGAGUUUGCUAGUGGAGUUAUUCCAAUUUUUCAUGUGAAGAAACCAAGAACUGGAGAGGAUGCUCAGGUCUAUAUCGCUAGUGGGAAGUGGGUUUUCCUUUCUGCAAAACCUGGUUCUAUAUUUUUUAAAACAACCAGAGUACAUAGCAAAAUAGUAAAAAAAAUAAAAAUUGCAUAUUUAAGCGUGUGGGGAAAUGGUAACUAUUUCAUUUUAAUUGAAGCUCGCUGCUCUUUUCUACCAUCAUUUGAAAGACUGCCAAAUGGAAAACAUGACUUAUCAUCAGAAAUCUGUUGCCUGAAAACAUGGACUCAAGUUUCUACCACCUCCCUCCAGCAUCUUGGGACCUCGCUGAUCCUGGACUUUUCUUCACAAUCCUAGUGCAGAGGAGUUCUUCAACUCUCAGGGAUUUUUAAUAAGAAAGCUUGUUUUUUAAAAAAAAAAUAUUUUUAUUUAUCACUGUUGAAUGAAGUAGUCUUAACCACAAAACAGUGAUAUGUGCAUGUGUGCAUGCUCAUGCAAACACUGUGUGUGUGUGUGUGUGUGUGUGUGUGUGUGUGUGUGUGUUGACCAAAGUGUUUUAUAAAGCUUUUGGAAGACAAAGAUUAUAUAGGAAUUUGGGCCAGUGUAAAGGAUAACUGCUGGCAGAGUUCACAAAGAGAUGGGCCAUGCUUACUCACAUGUUCAGUCCUCUGGCCACCUGCCAGUAUUAUGUCUUUUGGACAGUCAUUCAUUUAUUGUCAUUCAGUCGAUGGAUGGAGUGAGUGUUCCUACUCUGUGGCAGGCACAUAGAUGCUUGAGGUUAAUAAUGAAAAAAGAAAAACAAACAAAACCAGCAUGAUCCCUGACUUCAUAUUACUAGGUGAUAGAUCUAGACAAUAAUACAAAAUUAAACAGUUAAAUGUAAAAUGGCGUCUGUAAUAACAGCUGCAGUGGAGAGGCUGGGAUACCCAGAGAUACGGAUAUGGGGGCCCAUCAUCUGAAUCAGGGGGAUCGUGUAAGUUUUCCCUGGGAAAGAAAUGAUGAGACCAGAGGAAGAUCAGGCAUUGCUUCCAGUUUGGGGAAGGUCUUCACGCAGUUCCUCAACCUACUGAAGCCCUCAGGCAGGAGGGAAGCGAAGGCAUCCAGGGGAACCCGGUGCAGGGCCCGAAAAGGUGAAGGAGCGAAGAAAGGGCAAACACACCCCCAAAGAUAAAGUGGAUGAGCUGAAUAAGGAUUUUGUUUAGGGAUCCUGAAUAAAACAUGUCCAUUUGGCUAAAAUGUAAAAGCAGAACCCUUUUAGAGCUUUUAAUACAGCCGCCCUGGGGCAUGUGGUAUGCUGGCAAAGGUAACUUGAAUUAGGGUUAAAGAACAAUCUUUACAGCUUUCAAUAUUUAUAUUUGAGGAUAAGAGAAUACUGCCUGCCCAAGGAGUUAUAUACACACACUGAGGACGGAAUUUAUUAUAGUUGAAAAUAAAUUCAAGGAGAGGAAACAAAAACAAUUUGUAAAUUCAGGACACAAUCAUUUUAGUGGUAAUUUUGCUUUCUUUAGAACAUUCUUGGAAUCUUUUUAACUUGUCCGCAAAACAGAAUUUCGGGAAGUGAUAGUAAGGAAUUAUAACUGGGUUUCUCUAGGUUCCAAGCUCUGAGAAGACAGAUCGUGUUAGCUGAUUAGGGUAGUAAGAUUAAAUAAAUCACUUCAAGUUUACAUUGCAUCAUGUGUUGCGAUUGUGGCUGGGAACUUUAAGAAGAGUUUAAAAAACAUGAAAAACAUCUCUGUAAUUUAAGAAUGAAGCAACAGUUUAAAUAUUAAUACACACAAAGAUAUUUUAUAACCAUAAUAAAUCCUUUCAGAGGAAUUUUAAACCCAUAGCCAAACAGUCUGUUCUUAUAAAUAUAUUCUAAUAUUUUAUAAAUCAUUACUACUUUUCUGAAUUUUAUAUUUUUCUUUCCAUAAUCGGUUUUCAUAAUCAGAAAAGAUGAACUCCAUAAUCUUGAAUUGCCUCUAAUAAUUGGCAGCAAAUCAAGGGAAUUAAUAAGGCACUUAAAUCCCAUCUUUGACAUCAUUAAAAGCAUCAAAAAUCAUUAAUCUAAAACUUCUUUAAGCAUUUUGGAAGUGAAAAAGUAUAAACAGUUCUUUGAGUUCCUCAGGCUUUUCCUCUAAUGACGCAUUAGUUCAGUGUUCAGCUUGUAACAUGAUUUUUCUAAGCAAGCCACAAUUCUCUAGUACCUUCUGCUAAAGCCUGAAUAUAAAGUCCAAUUAAGGAGGUGCAUGCAAUAGUGGGUCAUUAACUGUUCACAUCAGUAAUAGAUGCAGCAUACUUUUUCUCCUGUAAUAUAGAAAAUACUAGUAUAUGAAGGUUUGAAUGACUUGGGGAUGACUAGGUCCCUGGAAAGAGUAGAAUACACUACAUUAAUGGAUGUGUUGGUCGAAAAAAUGUUGCUGGUGGUAAACAGCUUUGAAUAUGUGAUAGGAAAACACAGAGAAAAUACACUUGAAAUUGUAUAGUGCUGUAAUUGGAAAUUUCAAAACUUGAAUUUUCUUACUGUGCUACUGUAAAUUAUGUUCUCUGUAAGUGUUUUUUAAUGCUUAAGGAAUAUUCGAGGCAAUACAAAGGAAAAGGAGAAUAAUGAAAACUUAUGUCUCUGGAGGCUUUUCUAAUUAAAAUGGAUCUCUUUUCUUCGUAUGCGUACAAAUUCUUCCCCGCUCUUCUAUAUGAAGUUUCCUCCCACAUGCUGCUGUAUAGCUUAGUGAGUGAAGUCCUAAAGGUCAUAGGUUGCCAUUAUGCUAGGUGGGGAAACCCAAAGACAUUCUUCAGAAUGAAAUAAUCACCUGGAGGGCUCACUGGAACACAGGCUGCUGGGCCCCAUCCGCAGAAUUUCUGAUUCAGCAGGUUGGGAGCAGUGCCUGAGAACUUGCAUUUCUGAUCAAUUCCCAGGUGAUGGUCAGAUAAAUUCCCAGAGGCUGCUGGUCCAGGGACCCCAAUUUGAGAACCAGUGUAUUAGUUUCCUUCAUUUCUAGAGAAAUAAGGGAAUCUUUUUUAAACCAGAAAAACUUACUUUUAUAGAAACAUUUUUAUGUCAUUCUGUCAGAGAAAUUGUUUUUAAAUUGUGAAAAACCCCAAAAUCACUUUAUAAAAUAGCUCCAUUUAUUUGUAUAAUGUGAACUUUUUUCAAACAUGAUUAAUAAGAGUCUGAAAACUAAUUUUGAUUAUAAAACGAAUUAAAAUAAUUAAGAUCUGUGUCUCAUUUGAAAU